AUGUAUGAAUUCAAUCCUCGAUCAAAUUCCAAUUACGUCGCGGGUGCCAAUGCAGAAUUUCAUAUUACAAAAGAUACACUCUUUAAAAUUACAUAUCAAGGUGCAGCUGAUAAUUUUGAUAAUAAUGCUAUCAGUAUUGAACUACAAAUAUUGGUUAAUGAUCAUAUAAUCAGUCGGACUGAGCUGAAACCAAAUACCGGCGGAGAUGGUUUGGUUCAUUAUAAAUUAACGCAAUUUGAUGACGAGGACCAAGAAGAGGACCUAGGAGAUUUGCACUUAGCAACAUUUUCUCCUGAAUGA